AUAUAGCCCUUCAGCUCAUGGUUUAAAAAAGCAAAGGGAGGGCGGUCGCAGGAGGGAGCGGGGCAGGUGCUGCGGGCAGGGCCCCUCCUCCGGCUCCUGCACGACCGCCUCACUCUGGGCUCCGCCGGCUCCCGCCGUCCCCGCAACGCCGCUCUGUGCCCGCCGUCCCGAGAACCCGCGCGGGGCUGGCGGGAGCCUCGGCGGGCGCGCGCGGGGCCGUGGUCGUUGCUCCCUGAGCGGCCGCGGCCGCCUCCAUGAAGCGGAAAAGCGAGGGACGGUCGAGCUGGGCCCCCUGCUCGCCGCGCUGCUCUUUGACCUCGCCGGGCGUGAAGAAGAUCCGCAGCUCCACGCAGCAGGACUCGCGCCUCCGGGACCCCCAGGACGACGUGUACCUGGACAUCACCGAUCGCCUUCGUUUUGCCAUUCUCUACAGCAGACCAAAGAGUGCAUCAAAUGUACAUUAUUUCAGCAUAGAUAAUGAACUCGAAUAUGAGAACUUCUCCGAAGACUUUGGACCACUCAAUCUGGCAAUGGUUUACAGAUAUUGUUGCAAGAUAAAUAAGAAAUUAAAGUCCAUUACAAUGUUAAGGAAGAAAAUUGUUCAUUUUACUGGCUCUGAUCAGAGAAAACAAGCAAAUGCUGCCUUCCUUGUUGGAUGCUACAUGGUUAUAUAUUUGGGGAGAACCCCAGAAGAAGCAUAUAGAAUAUUAAUCUUUGGAGAUACAUCCUAUAUUCCUUUCAGAGAUGCUGCCUAUGGAAGCUGCAAUUUCUACAUUACACUUCUUGACUGUUUUCAUGCAGUAAAGAAGGCAAUGCAGUAUGGCUUCCUUAAUUUCAACUCAUUUAACCUUGAUGAAUAUGAACACUAUGAAAAAGCAGAAAACGGAGAUUUAAAUUGGAUAAUACCAGACCGAUUUAUUGCCUUCUGUGGACCUCAUUCAAGAGCCAGACUUGAAAGUGGUUACCACCAACAUUCUCCCGAGACUUAUAUUCAAUAUUUUAAGAAUCACAAUGUUACUACCAUUAUUCGUCUGAAUAAAAGGAUGUAUGAUGCCAAACGCUUUACGGAUGCUGGCUUCGAUCACCAUGAUCUUUUCUUUGCGGAUGGCAGCACCCCUACUGAUGCCAUAGUCAAAGGAUUUCUGGAUAUCUGUGAAAAUGCUGAGGGUGCCAUUGCAGUACAUUGUAAAGCUGGCCUUGGUCGCACGGGCACUCUGAUAGCCUGCUACAUCAUGAAGCAUUACAGGAUGACAGCAGCCGAGACCAUUGCGUGGGUAAGGAUCUGCAGACCUGGCUUGGUGAUUGGGCCUCAGCAGCAGUUUUUGGUGAUGAAGCAAACAAGCCUCUGGCUGGAAGGGGACUAUUUUCGUCAGAAGUUAAAGGGGCAGGAGAAUGGACAACACAGAGCAGCCUUCUCCAAACUUCUCUCUGGUGUUGAUGACAUUUCCAUAAAUGGGGUCAAGAAUCAAGACCAGCAAGAACCUGAACCUUACAGUGAUGACGACGAAAUCAAUGGAGUGACACAAGGUGAUAGACUUCGGGCCCUGAAAAGCCAAAGACAGUCAAAAACAAACGCUAUUCUUCUCACAUGUCCCCUGGCUGUGCUGACCUCUGCACUGUGUAGUGUUGUCAUCUGGUGGAUUGUUUGUGACUACAUUCUUCCCAUCCUGCUAUUCUGUCUCAAAGGUUUCAGAACAUAGUAGCCAUCAGGACCCCCUGACAGAUAGCUGCUUCUUUCCAUUUCAAGGACUAAAACGGUCUUGCAUUAAGUAAAAACCUGUGACCAGAACUGAAGGAAGACUCUAGGAACUGAAAACUGCAACAGAAAUUAGCACAAUUUGAAAACAAAACAAAACUGCAAAAGACUUAGUUGCUUUCCACCUAAGAAGCUAAUCAAUGGAGAAAAUGUCCACUGGAGUUUCAGUAAUGAACUUUUGAGUUUGGGUGCAAGCAAAUGUCCCGAGACCAGCUCAGUCAGGGAGACCCUAACCCAGUGGCACUAGACACACACAGGGAAUAUAGAGGUGUAAAGUGGGAAAUCAGGGGUCUCACAGCCUUCAGAGCUGAGAGCCCCGAACAGAGAUUUACCCACAUAUUUAUUAACAGCAAACCAGUCAUUAGCAUUGUUUCUAUAGAUAUUAAAUUAACUAAAAGUAUCCCUUAUGGGAAACGAAGGGAUGGGCUGAAUUAAAGGCAUAGGUUGGGCUAGUUAACUGCAGCAGGAGCACGUCCUUAAGGCACAGAUCGCUCAUGCUAUUGUUUGUGGCUUAAGAAUGCCUUUAAGUGGUUUUCCACCCUGGGCUGGGUGGGCCAGGUGUUCCUUGCCCUCAUUCAGGUAAACCCACAACCUUCUAGUGUGGGCAUUAGGGCCAUUAUGAACAUGUUACAGUGCUGCAGAGAUUUUGUUUAUGGCCAUUUUUGGGGCCAGUUUAUGGCCGGAUUCUGGGGGGCUUGCUCCCAAAAAGAAUGACUCAAAGAAGGGCCCAGCUCUCAAGCUGAACAACAAAAGUGCUGUCGUAAAUUUAGUCUCAGGUGUAAAUACCCAAGCCCUCUGGUACCCAGGGAGCUGGCUGGUCUGUGGUGCAUGUGUGUCCCUGUGAUGGCAAGCAUUGUAGUUGCUGGCCUUCAGAAGAAUUGAGGAUCUGAUGGAGGUUUUUUAUAUAUUUAUUUUCUGUUCACCUUGUGACCCUGUGUCAAAAUUUGUAAAGAUACAAAAGGCAUUACUGAAAUGGUACUUUCUGUAAUUUGAUACUAUUUGGCUUUAUCAUCUUCACUUGACUAUUUGUAAUACUGUUGUAAUAUUAACUCUGUUAAGUACCCAAGCUGCUUGUCUUCCACCAAAGAGUGCUUUAUUAACAAGAAUCUGUGAAAACCACAUUUAAACACUGUUGCAUGUUGUAAUACCAGGUGGUACCUUGGUAACCUAAAACUUGCAAGAGAAUAUUAAUGGUAGCUUUAGAAGACUCAGGAGGAGAAACUGACUUCAGAUUUGGAAGAUGUUGCAAGUCAUUCCUUUUUCUGUCCUUUAGGGACUGAAGAACUGGGAGGUUGCCCAUUGUUUGGUUGCCAGUCAUACAAAUUAAAAUCAUAUUUCCUUCCAUGUAUGGAAAAAACACACUAUUGGUUUCUCCCCUUGGAAACAGCAAUCCCAAAUAAUGUCGGCUUUAAAAAAAAAAAAAGUUACCGCUUUUUUAGAGUCCUUCUCUGUAACAUUGGAUUUUUUUUUUUCCUUAUGAGAUCAGCCUAAGGCCAUUGAUAAGGCCUGUGAUCUCAGUAACAAUGAUCUGCUUCUGAAUCUCACUGUUGCCUUUGGCUAGGGAACACAACUAGUAACUCUGCAGAGUGCCUUCUCCUGCAGCCCUACUGGAACACAGCAGAGUCUGUGCCAUGAAGCAAUUAGAGAAACAGAAUUGUUUUGCUGCUAAAAAAAAAAAAAAAAUGGGGCCCAAAAUAAAAGAAUAUUUAGUACUCACCUCAGUUCCUUCCAUAAGAUGUGGGUGGUUUAAUGAUUGUUAACCCAUUUUUGCCUGUGCUGGGAGCCUGGAGGGCUGAGAUGUUGACAGGCAGUGGGAGACAAAUGCUCUCCUAAGUCACAAGGCAUGCGCCAGAUCAGGAGGCAACUCCAUUUUAAGAAGCUGCCUUUUUCACAAAACUGUAAGAAAUAAAAGCAGUUGGAAUAAACAA